UAUCCGCAGUGUUAUGCAGAAAUACCUUGAGGAAAGGGGUGAAUUAACCUUUGACAAGAUCUUUCAUCAGAAAAUUGGUUUUUUGCUUUUUAAAGACUAUUGCAUGAAUGAGAUCGAUGAAGCUGUCCCUCAGCUGAAGUUUUAUGAAGAGAUAAAGGAAUACGAGAAGCUGGAUUCUGAGGAUGAGCGUCUGACCCGGAGUCGGCAGAUUUAUGACACGUACAUCAUGAAGGAGCUCCUGUCCUGUUCACACCCUUUCUCAAAACAAGCUGUAGAUCAUGUACAAAAGCAUUUAGCCAAGAAACAAGUGCCCGCCAGCCUUUUUCAGCCAUAUAUAGAAGAAAUUUGUGAUAGUCUCCGAGGAAAAAUAUUUCAGAAAUUUAUGGAAAGUGACAAGUUUACUAGAUUUUGUCAAUGGAAAAACGUAGAACUAAAUAUUCAUCUGACCAUGAAUGAUUUUAGUGUACAUAGAAUUAUAGGAAGAGGAGGAUUUGGUGAAGUGUAUGGUUGCAGAAAAGCAGACACUGGAAAAAUGUAUGCAAUGAAAUGUUUAGAUAAGAAGAGAAUCAAGAUGAAGCAAGGAGAAACAUUAGCCUUAAAUGAAAGAAUUAUGCUGUCUCUUGUCAGUACAGGAGACUGUCCUUUUAUAGUGUGUAUGACCUAUGCCUUCCACACCCCCGACAAACUCUGUUUCAUUCUGGACCUGAUGAAUGGAGGAGAUUUGCACUACCACCUCUCCCAGCAUGGAGUGUUUUCUGAAAAAGAAAUGAGGUUUUAUGCUACUGAAAUCAUCCUGGGUUUAGAACACAUGCACAAUCGCUUCGUUGUGUACAGAGACCUAAAGCCCGCAAAUAUCUUGUUGGAUGAACAUGGGCACGUGAGGAUAUCGGACCUUGGGCUGGCUUGCGAUUUCUCCAAAAAGAAGCCACAUGCUAGUGUAGGUACCCACGGAUACAUGGCUCCCGAGGUGCUCCAGAAGGGAACGGCAUACGACAGCAGUGCCGACUGGUUCUCCUUAGGCUGCAUGCUGUUCAAACUUCUAAGAGGUCACAGUCCUUUCAGACAGCACAAAACCAAAGAUAAGCACGAGAUCGACCGGAUGACGCUCACCGUGAAUGUGGAGCUACCAGAUUCAUUUUCUCCUGAGCUGAAGUCCCUUUUGGAAGGGCUGCUGCAGCGGGAUGUUAGCAAGAGGCUUGGAUGCCAAGGAAGAAGCGCACAAGAAGUAAAGGAACAUCCUUUCUUCAAAGGCAUCGACUGGCAGCAAGUGUAUUUACAAAAGUAUCCUCCACCGUUGAUUCCUCCCCGGGGAGAAGUAAAUGCAGCAGAUGCUUUUGAUAUUGGCUCCUUCGAUGAAGAGGACACAAAAGGCAUUAAGUUGCUGGAUAGUGACCAGGAGUUGUAUAAGAACUUCCCUCUGGUAAUAUCAGAGCGUUGGCAGCAAGAAGUAGCAGAAACGGUUUAUGAUGCAGUAAAUGCAGACACGGAUAAAAUUGAGGCCAGAAAAAGGGCCAAAAAUAAGCAGCUUGGCCAUGAGGAAGACUACGCGCUGGGGAAGGACUGCAUCAUGCACGGGUACAUGCUGAAGCUGGGGAACCCGUUCUUGACUCAGUGGCAGCGCCGUUACUUUUACCUCUUCCCAAACCGACUGGAGUGGCGAGGAGAAGGGGAGUCGCGGCAAAACCUCCUGACAAUGGAACAAAUAGUAUCUGUUGAAGAAACGCAAAUUAAAGAUAAGAAAUGCAUCUUGCUGAGAAUUAAAGGAGGAAAACAGUUUGUCCUACAAUGUGAGAGUGACCCAGAGUUUGUUCAAUGGAAAAAAGAGCUGACAGAAGCUUUUACUGAGGCCCAGAGGUUGCUGCGCCGGGCUCCAAAGUUUCUCAAUAAAUCUCGCUCGACAGUUGUAGAGCUUUCAAAACCGCCGCUCAGCCACAGGAAUAGCAAUGGGCUGUAG